AUGCAAUGGAAUGAAGUGAGUAAGCUGUUACUAGAUACAACUCUAAAGAAUAACAAAAACAUCGUUAAAAAUAAUGGAACUAAACAAGUACCUAAAAUAUCACCUAUUAUAACAAAGAAAAAAGCAGAAAAAAUUUAUAUUCCAAAUGUAAGUACUCAAAGGAAUAUACCAAACUUCCAAUUAGGUACCAAUAUGCUAGCUCAAUUAUUAGGUUCUCCAAUGAGAAAAGAUAGGUUGACUAUGAUUAAAUCACCGAAGGAUUUUUUAUUACAACUAAAGCUUAUUAGAGUUAACGAUGAAGAUCUAAAAUUGGAUCUUUCAAGAAAACAUUCUAAAAAAGGAGAAAGUACAUACAUAACGAACAAAAGUACUUAUGUUAAUGUAUUGCUACCCAAGAUGACAUCUGCCAUAAUCCCAUUGAGGGCUGUGAGAUCAAGUUUGCUUAAAAUAGACGCUAAACAGAUAAUCAAUAGUAAUGAUAUGAAACCAGUCAUUGAAAAAUACGAAAAUUGGCUUAUUCACGCCUUUAAAGCAAAAAUGGGUAAAUUACUUGGGAAAUUACCUGCAGAAUCAUCAACAGACGUUUGUAUAAUUAACAAGAAUGAUGAAGAAGGUAUACAAAUCAAUCCAAAUGCCAAAAAGACACUGAUAUUCAACAUUAAAAAUAUUCCUGGUUCUGACAAGUAUAGAGACAUAUCAAUAUCAUUAUCAGUAAAAACAGAUUUGGAGAUGAUUAAAUUCAUUUACAAAUUAAUUAUGUAUUAUAAAUAA